CUGCAUUACACAAAUUCAGACAAGUUGAAGGUGAAAAACAAACAAACAAACCUCGUAGAGUAUCGAAAUGGAAGCAUUGGUGUGCAAGAAACUGGGUGAUCCAACAUUGGGUCUAGAAGACAACAACACCCCAAUAAUCCUCUCAAAGAAUCACCCUAUUCCUCAACUCGAUUCUCCCACUUCUGUCAGAGUGAAAAUCAAAGCCACAAGCUUGAAUUUCGCAAAUUACUUGCAGAUUCUGGGCAAGUACCAGGAGAAACCCACUUUGCCAUUCAUCCCCGGAUCCGAUUAUUCUGGCAUCGUUGAUGCCGUUGGUUCCAAAGUUGAAAGCUUUCGUGUUGGGGACCCUGUUUGUUCCUUCAUCGCUCUUGGCUCUUUCGCUGAGUAUCUUGUUGUUGACGAGACCCAGUUGUUUCGCGUGCCGGAUGGUUGUGAUCUUGUUUCUGCUGGAGCACUUGCUGUGGCGUUUGGUACUUCUCAUGUAGCACUUGUCCAUAGAGCUCAGUUGACAUCUGGUCAGGUAUUGCUGGUGUUGGGUGCAGCAGGAGGUGUGGGCCUUGCAGCUGUGCAAAUUGGAAAAGCAUGUGGUGCCAUUGUCAUUGCUGUUGCUAGGGGAGCUGAAAAGGUGCAGCUAUUGAAAUCGCAUGGUGUUGAUCAUGUGGUGGACCUGACUAAUGAAAAUGUUACAGAGAGUGUCAAAGAGUUCCUGAAGGCCAGAAAGCUUAAGGGGAUUGAUGUCCUGUAUGAUCCGGUAGGAGGCAAGCUGACUAAAGAGUGUUUGCGGCUUCUCAAAUGGGGAGCUAACAUUUUGAUAAUCGGGUUUGCAAGUGGAGAAAUUCCGGUCAUCCCUGCUAAUAUAGCUCUUGUCAAGAAUUGGACAGUUCAUGGCCUUUAUUGGGGUAGCUAUAAAAUACACCGCCCACGUGUUCUUGAAGAUUCUCUCAAGGAGCUACUGUCUUGGUUGGCAAGAGGCAUGAUCUCCGUCCACAUUUCUCAUUCUUACCCCCUGUCAGAGGCCAACCUUGCCUUUGGUGCCAUCAAAGAUAGGAAAGUUAUUGGGAAGGUGAUGAUUGUGUUUGAUGAGAAAUCUACUAGAUCUAAGCUGUGACCCUGCUGAAAUUAUGCUAUACAGUUGAAGAUUUUGUCAAAGAACACGAGCAUUGAGGUUUAUAUUGCUGACCAAGGAGAUGCUAGCAUGGGAAGAAUCAAAAUAAAUGGAGCAAUAAUUGCCAAAGUUAUUUACAAUUACCCCAUUGUCUUUCAGCCCCGCCCCCAUCUAGAAGCUGUAAGCAUGUUUGGAAAAUUUUCUACAAUUGAUUAUAAACCCAAAAUCAAUUAUGAAGUUAAGUUUUUGGGAGUAGUUUCUGGGUGUUAUAAUUGAUUCAAAGAAAAAAUAAGCUGAUCUAAACCUGCUAAGUUGCUAACCCUUAUGUAAUAUUUAGCCUCUAAAAUUUAUUUUUAUUAAGUUAUAGUUAUAGUACAGCUGGCAUAUAUAUUAUACUGUGUUUCAAAGA